UAUACACACACACACACACACGACUCUUAUUCUGCCUAACACACACGUCAUUCAUUAAAGUUAAUUCGAGCUGAAUCAGUUAAUUAGGAGUUUAAUUGGAGCGGAUGUGAGUCCGGGCUGGUGGCGGGAGGCGCGCGCGCGGAGACUCACCUGGAGCAGGAGGACCUUUUCCUCCUCCUCCUCCUCCUCCUCCUCUUCAUCUUCACCUUCCUCCUCCUCAGUCCGGUCACUCACCCUGGAUCUCUGUGCACGGCAGGUCUGAGUGCUUCAACAUCCGGGUCAUGCCAGGUGAAGGCGCGCGCGCUGGCGGAGCGGAUCAGCCCGUGUUGCCCCCCUCCUCCUCCUCCUCCUCAUCCUCCUCUUACCCCGCGGACGGAGUUGCCCCGAGCGCGAGCUCCGCGUACUUCAUCCCGUCCGACCCGGGGCAGGACCUCCCGAGCGCGAGCCCCGCGCACUUCCUGCCCUACCCCCCCCGGAGCGGCCCAGGUGUGUCCAGGUGUGGCGCGUCGCUCCAGUACGGCUUCACCUCCCACUCCUCUUCAUCCUCCUCCUCAUCAUCCUCAUCCUCGUCCUCGCACGCGCCGUUCGGACCCGCUUACCACCAGUACACACACGGCCCCGCGGCCCCGCUCUACACACCCGCCGCCUACGGGGACCGCAGGGCCCAGGUCUACCUGUGUAACCGCGCGCUCUGGCUCAAGUUCCACCGGCACCAGACCGAGAUGAUCAUCACCAAGCAGGGCAGGAGAAUGUUCCCGUUCCUGAGUUUCAGUAUUUCAGGUCUGAGUGUUUCCUCUCACUAUAAUGUUUAUGUGGAGAUCACACUCGCUGAUCCAAAUCACUGGAGAUUCCAAGGAGGAAAAUGGGUGACAUGCGGCAAAGCUGAUAACAACCUACAAGGGAACAAGAUUUAUAUUCACCCUGAGUCUCCAAACACCGGCGCACACUGGAUGCGGCAGGAGAUUUCAUUCGGAAAACUGAAACUGACCAACAAUAAAGGAGCAAACAACAGUAACACACAGAUGAUCGUGCUCCAGUCGUUGCAUAAAUACCAGCCGCGGCUCCACAUCGCUGAGGUUCCUGCAGACGGUCUGGAGGCUGAGAGAGAGACGCGCACGCAGACCUUUGUCUUCCCUGAGAGCCAGUUCAUCGCCGUCACCGCAUACCAGAACACUGAUAUCACCCAGCUGAAGAUCGACCACAACCCCUUCGCUAAAGGAUUUAGAGACAACUAUGACUCUGUGUACACAGCUCCGGAAGGUGAAAGGUUAACUCCGCCUACUGCUGAUUCCCCGCGCACUCACCAGCUGGUCUCAAGCGCUCGCUACCCGGUGCAGCCGUUCCUGCACGAUCAGUUCGUGAACACACUGCCCCCGAGUCGUUUCUACAGCGCCGAGCGCUCACUGGCACCUCCGGAGGACUGUGCCACAUCCCACCGCUGGCUCGUCACCCCGGUGCAGCAGCCGUACGAGUCCGAGUACCUGCCCUACGCCUUGACCUCUCGUGCCCUCACCUGCUACUCUGACUCUGCUUUUGCCUCCAUGGCCACCGGGUGGGGGUCAAAGGUCAGCUACCAGAACAAGAUACCUGCCAGUUUGCCCUGGUCACCUCGGCCGAGUAACGCCGACAGCGGGCAGGGGAAAGUGCGUGAGGAAGAGUGGGCGGAGUCAAUGGCCUACACUGCGCUGUGUAAACGCAGACGUCUGUCACGUGAUGUGUCCAGCACCGAAAACUCACCGACAAUCAAGUGUGAGGACUCGCGAGCAGAAAAUUAUGGAAAAGAAGCUUCGUCUAGCUCCAAGAGCAUGAGCUGCUGCGCCUUCUACACUGCCACCUAAACACACACACACACACACACACACACACCAUGUCAGUGAGUAAACUGUGAGCUGUAAAUGAGCAGUGCAUUGGUCAUGUCCUCUGUUUGACCACCAGGUUAGGCUGAGUGUUUGCUCGAAGCUCCACAGCUGUUCAGCAGAACUGAGUUCCAUAAAGUCUUCAUUCUCACUUUAUUUAAAUUCUACUGAAAAUCUAAUUCUCUAUUCUCACAUUUUUUUUUCUGUGUUUGAGUGACAGAUAAAUGCUGAUGUGCUGCUCAUUUGCUCGCCUUUGUAGAUCGAGCCGCAGGGUUCUAGAGUAAUCACCUAGUGGCCAAACAUGGCAACUGCAGAAAAUGCUAAAGGAGGCCCAGUGGGGCAGCUACAUCAUGCUCAGGGCAUUAGCACCAGACAGGGCAAUUAAUGAGAUGCAAGGGUUUUGAGAUUUAGUCAAUAACCAAUAACUAUUUCCUUUUCUUCGUAUCUGGUCUUGGGCAGUUCCCACUCGCCUCUCUUCCUUGAGAAACAGUUCUUUAAAAAAGGUGUUCUUAAUGUAAAGUCUCAUUAAGAACGGGUGUGUAACAGUUCUCCUCUUGAACAGGACCAACUUUAAACUGAUGUGUGUGUGUGUGUAUGUGUGAUAUCAAGAUAACCAGAAGAACCUGUAAUUUAACACCUGAUGCAUUAAAGCACUCGGAUUUUUUAUGUUUUUUUUUUUAUAUAUAUAUAAAGGAUUUUGACAUGUGUAUGCUGCAGCGUUCUGGCUCUAGUUUACCCACAAUCCAUCAGUGUUAAAGCCAGUGUAGCUGUAACAGAGAAUGUGACGUGACUCCCUGACUCUGUGAUCAUGGUGUGAAUCUGUUGUGUUUGAUUUGUUCAACUGUGUAAGUAAAGUUUCUCAUGCA